AAACGCAGAGCACUCCUGGUCAUGUAUCACACAAAAAAGAGAUCUGCAUUAUCUGAAGCAUGACACUGACACAGCCUGGUUUGCCUAUCAGGUGUGCCAUGCAAAUAGGAUACAGAUGAGGUAAAUCCCUGAGGCAUUGGUUUUUUACCCCCAGCACAGGGUGCUUCAGGGCGGCCUCGUCACCCACUUGUGGUGAGUAACUAGGCUGGGUGUGACCCUAAAGAAUUUCAAACAAAGAGUGUGCCUGUGUGGAGAGCCCUGCUAUCAGGUUCGCCGCUUUCCCACCGUGAGCAGCCGUGCAGAGAUACCUGGGGGACGGCCCUUCACCUGUGCUCCCUCUGCCCCUCCCUCUCUCCCUCCCUCUCUCCCUCGGUCUCUCUCCCUCUAUCCUGACAACGUGCAGAUAGAAAGCUUCGGGGGGAUGAUUGCGGCGAUUAGUGAGUGGUUCUGGUGGGACCGCCUCUGGCUCCCAUACAACCUCACAUGGAGUGACCUGCAAGACAAAGAGGGGCGUGUCUAUGCCAAAGUGUCACACCUUUACAUCACGGUGCCUCUUGCUGUUGCCUUCCUGGUAGUCAGAUACCUUUUUGAAAGGUCAAUUGCUACACCAUGUGCAGCCUUACUGGGAGUGAAAGAGCCCAUGAGACUACAAGCAGCGCACAACUCCGUGCUUGAACUCUAUUUUAUAUCUCACGCCAGAAACCCUGGACAGGCAGAUAUUGACGGACUGUCCAAAAAAUGCAGUUUGACAGCCCGACAGGUGGAGCGCUGGUUCAGGAGGAGACGCAACCGGGACAGACCCGGAGUUCUAAAGAAGUUCAGAGAGGCCAGUUGGAGAUUAGCCUUCUAUUUGUGUGCAUUCAUCGGGGGACUAGUGGCCCUUCAUGAUAAAGAAUGGUUUUAUGACACUCGGCAAAUGUGGAUUGACUACCCAAAGCAGUCGAUGCUUGACUCUCAGUAUUGGUACUAUGUCCUGGAAAUGGGCUUCUACUGGUCUCUUCUGUUUAGCAUCACGUUUGAUGUCAAGAGAAAGGACUUUAAGGAACAAAUUAUUCACCAUUUGGCCACCUUAAUCCUGCUGAGCUUCUCCUGGUGUGCAAACUACAUCCGUGUAGGAACACUGGUCAUGAUCGUCCACCAUGCCUCCGAUGUUUUGCUUGAGUCUGCCAAGCUGUUCAAUUACGCCAAAUGGGAGAAAACCUGCAAUUCAAUCUUUGUUGUGUUUGCCAUUGUAUUCUUGGUUACCAGGCUUAUAAUCUUCCCAUUCUGGGUCAUCCACUGCACAUGGGUCUACCCCCUGGACUACUACCCUCCCUUCUUCGGGUAUUACUUCUUCAACGUCAUGCUUGUGGUCCUGCUGCUCCUCCACAUCUUCUGGGCCUACCUCAUUCUGCGCAUGGUGAAGAAGUUUCUCUUUGGCAGCUUGACGAAAGAUGAGAGAAGUGACAACGAGGAGGACGAGGAGGACGAGGGGGACGAGGGGGACGAGGAGGACGAGGAGGACGAGGGGGACGAGGAGGACGAGGGGGAGAGCAGCAUGGCGGAGGACGGGGACGGACACCCGAAGGCCACCAAUGGUUCCAGUUGCUCAGCAAACCAUCACUGACGGGCUGGGACCGUCUCACUCUCGUGCCAGCUUGGGACUGUGCUGCUUGGUGCCAAGUUUGUACAGGGACUGUGGAGCCCCAGCGUCUUAUGAUGAAGGAGAACUAAUAACCCACAACUAACAAAUACAACCCCUUGCUGGCAAAACAAAACAAAACAAAACAAAAAAACAAAACAGACCAUUUAUUACUCAAGUUGAAUGGUCCAGCAUUUUGUCAAAAUCACAUCUUUCAACAAUGUUCAUAAAAACACAAUGCUUUGGGAGUUUCCUGGGAGACGUUUUGUUUCUCUGGAGACAUUGUGUGUCUUGGCACGCUCGCGCCCGAUGCUCAUCUCCUUUAACCAAAGCAGUGUUGGUAAUGGCACCACAUCACAUGGACAAGCUGAUAACUGAGCAAGAACAGAGAACAAAUAAACAUCAACUGCUGUUUUUCUUCAUCAGUCCAUCCAAUGUGUUUCUCAUUUUUGAGGAACACAAAAGCAUCCCAUACGCCAUUACGUUUGCCAUAUCCAUCAUGGCCAGUUCUUCAUGGCCAGGAACAAUAUCUGCAUGGUUCAUGUCAGCCUCUGCGGGCAAGAGGAAAUUGUAUGUAGACCAAAUGAGAUGACAUUUUAAAGAUUUUUUUUUUAAACAGAUAUAUGAAAAUAGCAGUAUGUUUUCCCUUGGUGAUUUGAGCCCUGAUUCUGCACUCUGUGAAAUGCAUUACGUUGUAAUGGACAGAAUCCAAGCAUAGGUUCCCUUCAACAUAUGUUCAAAUGCUGUGUGGAAGCCUGGCUCGAAACAUAGGCAUGGAGUCUGAUAGACAACAGCAGUCUCUCUUGAAGAUGCCUUGUCAGCUUCUCUCUGCUGUGAGAAACAUCUGCUGAUGCAUUCUCUGAUUCAGCCGCAGUGUGUUAGUCUAUGUCCAUGUGGCUCCUUAGUACAAUACAAACACACUCACACUCACACACACACACACACACACACACACACACACACACACACACACACACAC